UGACGCACAUCAUUACAUGAUAAAAAAGAAGAAUUCAUCGAUCCAAUCACACACAAAUUGUACUCAAACCCCCAAAGUAUAUCUAGUCUGGCGUUAAAACGACUAUCACGUGAUUAUAUAAAUAUUCAUCUCACUCCUUCGUUUCGAUAGUGUCAAUCUAUCAAACAACAAAAUGUUUUGUAAACCACAUUUGUUUCGCAUGAUUAAUUUUACUUUUUUUUUAUACUAUUUUUUGAAGUACCUAUAUCGUUAUAACAAGCCACUGAUCAAGAAGAGUCUAUUUUAUUAUUUAAUCAUAUAUCCAGAAAGGUUUAUACUUUUAUUUACUCACUCACUCAUUUUGUAAAUCUUAUUAUCCAAAAACUAAGGCUUUGCAAUACACAUUAAUCUGGGUAAUUUUCGAGAGGAUCCUUACAUAGAUAAGUUCUCAAUUAAAAUUAGUACUGGCACGAAUAUUAAUCUUCUCAAAACAGCUGUUAGGGAGGAUAUUAAAGUUCCUGAUCUAAUGGUAAAGGAUCUUAGGUAGAUCUCCUCCUUGGAACUGUCAAAAAUGAGAAAAUCAUUAAUAUAUGUGUGUAUAAAUGACAAGAGGAUUAAAGAACGAAAAUAAUUUACACAUUAUAAUACGACUCCCUACUGGCAAGUCAUGUCAUAAAAUCAUAUAAUACCGAA